AUGGUGGUGAGGAGUGACAGGUUGAAGAGGGAUGUGGCAGAUUGUGGUGACAACAACCAAAACGGGUACGUGGAGCAAGAGAAGAAGAUAAAAGGGGUGCAUAUAUGCGGUGUUGUCAACGCCGAUCUUCAUGAGGCCAAGCAGUACCACAGGAGGCACAGGGUGUGUGAGUAUCAUGUAAAGGCUCAGGUUGUGCUUGUUGAUGAGGUUAGACAACGGUUCUGUCAGCAAUGUAGCAGAUUCCACGAAUUAGCUGAAUUUGAUGACACAAAAAGAAGUUGCCGCAGAAGUUUGGCCGGAUACAAUGAACGGAGGAGAAAGAAUUCAGAUCAGUCUCAAGCAGAAGGGUCAAGCCGCAACAAAGGCACAGGGCACCCUCAAUUGAAGGACAUUACUUGUGGUCAGGCUGAUGAGAGGGGGAGAAUUCAGAUAACAAUCCACGAAAAUGCUGCUUACAAACAUUUCCAGAUAAGAUGAGAUAUGCUUUGAUCUGAAGUUUGCUCUCUCUCUUCUGUCAUCCAGGGGAUGUAUUUGUAUUUGUCAAACUAUUCCUGUGUCACACUCAUGCUGAAGAUUGCAUUUAGAUAAAUAACUUACAAAAAAUAAAACCAACAUAAUGGUUAGCAUCAGAAGAAAUUUAUGCACUUCAGACCAUUAUGUUCAAUCAUUAUGCUUGAUAUAUCUUAAUAUUCUUUGGCACCAUUA